AUUAAAGUGUCGGUGUUUAUACACAACGUUAUCAAGUGUAAAAGAUAAAAAUAAAUUUAGAUUGUAACAAUGGCAAAUACGAAUAAUUUAAAUAUGGAUGAUUUCCAGCAUUCAAAACAGUUUCAAGAUAUAGUUCACACUGCUGUGCAAAAAGCCGUAGCUGAUUAUUUUGAAGGUAAACCCUGGGAAAAACAACAUAAACAUAAACAUUGUCGUUGGUCGAGAUGGAAUGAGAAAUCACAUCAACAACAACAAAGUCAAUCAGAUAUGGCUAAUGGUCCUGACUUUAAAACACAUGGACCGCCACCGUUUUGGUUUCACAGAAUGAAUCAUCGUUUUGGAGACCAUCCUAAUCAUUUCGAUUAUCACCAUCACCAUUAUGGGCCUUGGUGUUGGAAUCAAUGUUCCUACUACAGAAAACCUGAUAAUUUCAGAAAAUUUUGUGAACCUGGCCACCUUUUUGACUUUACGGAAUAAUAUUAGUAAAAUUAUGGAUCAAGUUCUAUUUUACUGUGAUUGUUACUAUUUACAUUUUUAUAUAGACUGAAUUAUUUGGAUAGACACAAUUUUGUAACUAAUUAUAAGGUUUUUUUGGAAAAAUAUUUGCUCAUGAUUUGAUUUAUAUGAUGGGCAAUAUUGUAAAUAGUGGUUUUUUAUUAAAUAUAUAUCAUAACUAUAGCA